CCUAAGCGUGCAUCAUCUUAGGAAAGACUAGAGACUAGAGUUAUUUUUGCUCCCGCUAGAUGAGAGGCUGGAGAACCACAGGGCGGGGGCGCACAGGCUGCCUGGAGUUUCAUACAGGAGCGUCUGCACAGAGGCUGGCAGCUGUGCUCUCGGGUAGAGUGGGCAUCUUGUGGAGCGUAUGGUGAAGUUGUGAUUUUUUCAUAGUCUACCUCCUGUGGCAGGCACGGGCAAGGCCUGCACCUCCCUGUUGUGAAAAUGACUGCAGCUCAUCGCCUCAGGAUACCUGUAUGGCUGGGGAUCUGUUUGGCCCAGGUGUUAUUGAUCACGUGCCAGGAUAUCAAGAUCGAGGAAACGACAAGCUGUAAAGAUGGUGAUCAGAUUUAUGCAGAAAAUGAGAUUUGGAAGCCAGAGCGGUGCAAACUUUGUGUAUGUGAUAAAGGCCAGGUGAUCUGUGAGGAGAUCCGCUGUGAGGACCUGAAUGGAUGCCAAGAGCUCGUGAUCCCAGAGGGAGAAUGCUGCCCCGUCUGUCAAACCUUCGCCAGCGCGCGUGGAAGAAUCGAAACAAUUGCGAUUAAGGGCCAGAAAGGUGAACCUGGUGACAUUCCUUAUAUUGUGGGAAUACCUGGACGCCCAGGACCAAUGGGUCCCCCAGGAGUAGAUGGCCGACCAGGAUAUCCAGGAAGCAAAGGAAGACGAGGUGUCCCAGGUCCACCUGGUUUUGAUGGAGAACCAGGUGUCCCAGGCACGCCAGGUGAGCCUGGUCCUGCAGGCAAUGCACUGCCUGGGAGUCAGUUUGCUUCUCAAAUGGCCUCUGGAUUUCAUAAUGGGAAGCUUGGAAUGUCGGCGAUCGUCUCUGGAGCACCGGGUGAAUCAGGACCAAGAGGUCAUCCAGGCCCAGCAGGCCCACCAGGGCCAACAGGAGCACAAGGUGCGCCAGGAGAUGCGGGUGAUCCUGGACCUAUGGGCUCUUUUGGUCCAAGGGGACCAGAUGGUCCUCCAGGAAAACCUGGAGCAGAUGGUGAGCCUGGGCCCCCUGGAAAUACAGGAGAAAAAGGAUUCCCUGGCUCUCCAGGCUCCAGAGGGUUUCCGGGACUACCAGGUCAACCUGGGAUGAAAGGUGAAAAGGGUCACUCAGGUCUACUGGGAGGGAAAGGAGAACCAGGUGCUGUGGGGUCAAAGGGAGAAUCAGGAUCUCCUGGAGGCAUGGGACUUGUGGGUGCACCGGGCCCCAUUGGUAUGCCUGGUGAGAGAGGACGCAUUGGUACGACAGGGCCUGUGGGAAGACGUGGUCUUUCAGGAAAUGUGGGAAAACCAGGUCCAUUGGGUCCCAUGGGAAUUAUUGGAACCCCAGGAUUUCCUGGUGGCCCAGGCAUGAAGGGUGAAGCAGGAGCCACAGGCCCACGAGGUACCAGUGGACCCCAAGGCCCAAGGGGUGAACCAGGCCGGCAAGGCUCACCAGGACCACAGGGCAACCAGGGACCAGCAGGAACAGAUGGCACUCCUGGAGUUAAAGGGCCAGCAGGAAUCCCAGGUGUGCAGGGCCCUGUUGGACUGAUUGGACAGCCUGGCCCACCUGGACCUCAAGGAUCAACUGGACUUCCAGGAGCCAAGGGCCAACUGGGCGACUUAGGUUCUCCUGGGUUUAAAGGAGAACCUGGUGCUAAAGGAGAACCUGGCACACCUGGAGUUCAAGGAGAAAUGGGGCCGAUGGGAGAAGAAGGAAAGCGAGGCCCAAGAGGAGACACGGGGGCUAUUGGAGCCCCAGGCCCAGCUGGAGAAAGAGGAGCUCCAGGCAACCGUGGGUUCCCAGGAGCUGAUGGUUUGCCAGGUCAAAAGGGUGCACAGGGUGAACGUGGUGUCCCAGGUUCAUCAGGGGCUAAAGGUACGAAUGGAGACCCUGGCCGACCUGGGGAAGCAGGAAUUACAGGGGCGAGGGGCUUGACUGGCAUUCUGGGAAUGCAAGGUGCAGAGGGGAAGAUAGGCCCACAGGGAGCACCAGGAGAUGAUGGGAAUCCAGGUACAGCUGGGUCUACGGGAACCAGAGGUGCAGCUGGAACCAUGGGCCUGCCCGGACCUAAAGGCUUCAGUGGUGAUCCAGGGAAAGCAGGAGAGAUAGGAUCACCAGGAGCUUCAGGACAAAGAGGUCCUAAUGGAAAAGAGGGAGAAGAAGGUCCAGCAGGAACUCCAGGACCUCCUGGAGUAGCAGGAAAGAGAGGAGAACAGGGACCUCCUGGACUAACUGGCUUCCAAGGUUUGCCUGGACCCCCAGGCCCACCAGGAGAGUCAGGAAAACCUGGUGAUGAGGGUAUCCAUGGAGAGGCUGGUGGCGCAGGGCAGACUGGUCCAAGGGGUGAACGUGGAACCCCAGGAGAGAGAGGUGAACCUGGACCUAAUGGCUUACCAGGAUCCAAAGGAAGCCCAGGAACCCCUGGACCUGAUGGUCCCAAGGGUAAACCAGGCCCAGCUGGAAUUGUUGGAGAACCAGGACCAACAGGUCUACAAGGCAUGCCAGGAGAGAGAGGCAUAACUGGACCAGCCGGGCCUAAAGGAGAAAGUGGUGCAGUGGGUGACAGAGGAGCAGAAGGGGCGGCUGGGAACGAUGGGGCUAGAGGAUUACCUGGUCCUGUUGGACCUGUUGGACCAGCUGGCCCACCUGGGGAGAAGGGAGAACAAGGCCCAAGAGGCCCUUCUGGAUCUCCAGGCUCCAGAGCAAUGGCUGGCUCACCUGGUGAACCAGGCCCUACUGGUCCUGUUGGGUUUGCUGGACCCCCUGGUCCUGAUGGUCAGCCUGGAGUUAAAGGUGAAACUGGAGAGGAAGGUGCAAAGGGAGAGGGAGGGUCUCCAGGGCCUCAGGGAAUGGCUGGAAAACCUGGACCACAGGGAGUGGUUGGAAUUACAGGCCUCAAAGGUGGCAGAGGAACUCAAGGAGCAGCUGGUCCCAGUGGUUUUCCAGGAUCCCCAGGAGGUGUCGGCCCACCAGGCUCUGCUGGUCCAGUUGGAGAGCCUGGUCCUAUUGGAGCCCCAGGUAAAGAGGGCCCUCCUGGGCUUCUAGGAGAACCUGGAGGUCCUGGUCGCCAGGGGGAGCGUGGAAACCCUGGACCUGUUGGUAGCCCUGGAGACAAAGGUGAACCAGGAGAGGACGGACUGCCAGGCCCAGAUGGGCCACCAGGACCUGGUGGAACUUCAGGACAGAGGGGACUUGUAGGUCUUCCUGGAAUGAGAGGAGAGCGUGGUAUGGCUGGCCUUCCUGGACCUGGGGGUCAACCAGGAAAAGCUGGCACCCCGGGUCCUCACGGAACCAAAGGUGGUGCUGGACCGGUUGGUUUGCCAGGAGCAGCUGGACCUAGAGGAGAUGCUGGCCCAGAGGGUUUGGCUGGAGCUGAUGGAAUUCAAGGAGCUGAUGGCAUCAUUGGACCCAGAGGUGAUAGAGGAGACCCAGGACCAGAAGGUCUUGCAGGUGGUCAGGGAGCACCAGGAACGCAAGGACCUGUCGGGACUCCUGGAGGUCCAGGACAGAGAGGAGAUCAGGGUGCAAGAGGUCCACCUGGUCCUGAUGGUCAGGCAGGAACCAGAGGAAAAAAAGGACCACAAGGGCCAAUGGGAGACAAAGGUGACAAAGGAGAUGUGGGUGAAAGAGGUCAGAAGGGCCAUCGUGGCUUCACCGGACUCGAUGGGCUACCUGGAACAGCUGGUGCUCCAGGGGAUGAUGGUCCCAUAGGAAUCAUUGGACCAAGUGGGCAAAGAGGACCGCCUGGCCCAGUUGGACCAGCAGGAAAAGAAGGAGAUAUGGGUCCACCUGGAGCAAUAGGAGCUCCUGGAACUCGAGGUGCCCCUGGAGAUUUUGGACCUGAGGGACCACCUGGAGAACCUGGCCCACCUGGACCCCCUGGUCCUCCUGGCCCACCUACAGCUGCUGUGGAUGACCUUUUUGGAACAAACUUUGACAUUGAUGUUGAAUCUGAGCCAGAGGAACCUCCACCUCCCCCGCCAGAGUUCAACGAGGACGAGGCAAGGCCCAAUAAUGGAUCUGAGGCGGUUCGGGUCGACAGUGAGGUUCACUUGUCUAUAAAGACCUUGGGAAGUCAGUUGGACAGCAUGCGCAGCCCUGACGGUACUCGGCAGUAUCCUGCCCGCACAUGUCAGGACCUGAAGCAGUGCUAUCCUCUGAAGAAGAGCGGUGAAUACUGGAUAGAUCCAAAUGAGGGCAGCCCUAGAGAUGCCAUCCAAGUGUACUGUAACAUGGAAAUGGGAGAGACCUGUAUACCUGCCAAUCCUGCCAGUAUCCCACGAAAGAACUGGUGGACGUCACGCUCCAGCAUACCAAAACCAGUCUGGUAUGGAGCAACCAUGAACCGGGGAACUAAGUUCACCUACGGAAACAAAGAGGCACCAGCUAAUGCUGUAGCCAUCCAGUUGAGAUUUCUCCGUCUGCUGUCAAAGGAAGCAUCACAGACCGUCACCUAUCACUGCAAAAACAGCGUGGCCUAUAAAGAUGAGAAGAACAGCAAUCUGAAGAAGGCUUUAGUCCUAAAGGCUUCUGAUGGACAGGACAUCAAGGCAUAUAGCAACAACCGUCUGAAGUACACAGUCAUAGAGGACGGCUGCUCUAAACCCAACGGUGAAUGGGGCAAGGCCGUCUUUGAGUACCGCACACAAACACUUUCACGGGUGCCCAUUGUGGACUUGGCUCCGGUGGAUGUAGGUGGCAAAGAUCAGGAGUUUGGCAUCGAUAUCGGCCAUGUGUGCUUCUCGUGAAACCAUGGAUAAAAGCAUCAUCAUUUGGACUUGAGCACUCAGCCAGUACAGUAUUUAUUGUCGAACACCGUCUGUAAGGGCCUUGGGGAAUUUCUGACCUUUAUUUCAUGAUUAUUCAUGAUGGUUUCCACUAGCCUGUGGUGUACGAGUGCAUGAGAGACUAUAUGGACCCUUUAAUUUAUACUUUAUACACCAGGUGCUAUUUAAAAAUUGGUGAAAACAUUCAUUGAAAUUAAUUCAAAAACCUGUGUUUUACAAAUCUGACUGUGCCUUUUCUGUCUAAUCUGUAUGUUGUUUUAUAGAUGUUGUUCACGCUUAAAUUUCAGUCGUUUCAAGUGGAUUUUGAUGGUCAAGUGGAGAGACGAGAGAGAUGGGUUUGUUUGUGCUGUAUUAAAGUAGGAUAUUAUUCAGGACAGCAUAUCUGCAUUCAAUUCCCCAGCAGUGCUCUUCCCAAGCCCGAAAACUACUGUUUUUUGUUGAUAGCAAACUGUUGGACAGAUGAUUCAUUUAUACUUAAUUAUUAACGAGAACUCUCAAAGAAACCAAUGCUGGUCUCAUUAAAAGGCUCAUUAGCCCCAUAAUACACGACAAAGAAAGUCUUUAUCCAGCUUUUUACAGCACAGGCACUU